AUGCCGUACUACGCCGAAGCCGAGGAAUGGAGCGAUAUCGAGCCCAUCCCGCUGGACGAGGGUGGCCCCAACGCACUCGCCGCCAUCACCUACUCGGACGAUUAUGACGAGGCCAUGAGCUACCUCCGUGCCGUCAUGGCCAAGAACGAGAUGAGCGAACGCGCCCUGGCCCUGACCGAGGACAUCAUCGCAUCCAACCCGGCCCACUACACCGUCUGGCUGUACCGCGCGAAGAUCGUCCUCAGCCUCGAAAAAGACCUGCGCGAGGAGCUGGCGUGGCUCAACGCGGCGGCGCUGCGCAACCUCAAAAACUACCAGAUCUGGCACCACCGGCAGACGAUCGUCGACACUCUGGGCGACGUGACGGGCGAGCAGGCCUUCGUCGCGCGCAUGCUGGCCAAGGACGCGAAAAACUACCAUGUCUGGAGCUACCGCCAGUGGCUGGUGCGCCGCUUCGGCCUGUGGGCUGAGGACAGCGGCGAGCUCGAGGCCGUCGAGGCCCUGCUGCGCGAGGACGUGCGCAACAACUCGGCCUGGAACCACCGCUGGUUCCUGGUCUUCGGCAGCGACGCGGACAACUUGUCGCAGAAGAAAGUCUUGGAUAGGGAGAUGGAUUACGCCAAAGCUGCGGUAGAGCUUGCCCCUCAGAACCCGAGCCCGUGGAACUACCUCCGCGGCAUUGUGCGCUACGCCAAGCUGCCGCUCUCGACGCUCAAGGAAUUCGCGGAGCAAUACGCAUCGAUUGAGAAGCCCGACGAGGUGAGCUCCAGCCACGCUCUCGACCUGCUUGCCGAUAUCUACUCGGAGGAGAGCAGCAAGGAGAACGCCGCAAAGGCCCUGGAUCUGCUGGCUCAGCGCUAUGACCCGAUUCGCGAGAAUUAUUGGAACUACAGGAAGUCACUCUUGGACCAGCCCAAGGUUGUUGCGUGA